GCUCUGCAGUGGAGUGAUCCCCGACCGGAGCAGGGUCCAUCUGAUCCUGGUUGUGGGGUUAGGUGCCUUUUGGAGAGGUGACUCGGCCUCGCAGACAUGGGUUUUCCUUAGCUACCUGCCUACUUCAAACUACCUUUCCCUAGAGGGAAUGUCUUAGACAAUCAGUCCAUUUAUUUUCUGCCGUUUUCCCCCAUUUAGCCAAAAAAAAAAUUUUUUUUUUCUUGGCGUAGAAAAGAAUUUAUUGAGUAAAUUGCAAGGUUGUAGUGGACAGGGCUAUAAACAGAGGAACCUUCUUAGUCAAACUUUUUGAAGGGAACUUGCCAUAUUCUACUUGGGUAGAAUCCCACGAUUUUCGUGUCUACGUGAUUAUAAACCAAGAUUUAUGCCUUCUAAAGUCUGUUUUCCUACUUCUACCUGACCAGAAGGAGAGGGUUGCAAAAACAUUUCGUAAAUGUGUAAAUGAAUGCUUUGUACGUUUUACUUAAGAGUUUAAUGUCGGGACAAAGUUGGAGGCACCUGCCACAACGCUGGGGUUACAAUGGUAAAAAAAAAAACUAAAGGGGUUUGGUCGUUCAAGCCGCUCCAAAGGUUAGGCCAGAGGUUCCCCGAUUCCAGGAGUUCCAUUCCAGUCUGGGCAGCUUUGCCUCAAGAACGUGGUGAAGGGGAUUGAAACUCAGAUCAUGGUUCCUAGCUGUGCAUCUGUCAGUUCACUGGGGAAAAUAAAGGGUGCCAAACCACGGAUGUAAGAUGACUGUUCAUGAAGGUUGGGAAGGUGUUAAACCUGAGAAUCUCCAGGAGAAGAGACCAAAUCCAUGACUGUCCAAUUAUAGCAAGCUGUGUGUUGGGUGUGCCCCGGACUAGCCUGCUGGCUGUCUCGCUCAAAGAGAUUCAGAGAGGACCCCUUGCCGGAGGCCUCAUUAGGAGAGAGAAAGUGUCCACCGGACUGAGAGAGUUGGCUAUUAUACAUUGUAAAAACAAAACAAACAAACAAAACAAUGAAAGGGAAGGAACAAGGUUGCAUCAUGUGAAUCGGGUAGCAAGUUUAGUGUUAUUUGAAAGACAUUUUGCAGUUUACAUCCUAUCUAAGAAACAGGGAUCAAUCCUUAAUUACAAAUAGAAAUCUCAACUUGGAAGCAUUUAAAGCAGGACAAACAGGAAUGUAUUCUUUAACUACAAAUAGAAACCUUAGCCUGUAUGGGAGGAAUAGGAGCUUCUUAGCUGUCUUAACUGGAAACAAAAACUUGAACCUGCAAAGGAUAUUGUUCCUAGUUUGGUCUCACAAAAGCUAUGCACAAGCCUAUCUGAUGGGGCUUGUGGGGUUACGUAAAAGAAAUCAACCAACCAACCAAUCCAGAGACUUAAUGGCAAAUAAAUAGUUCGAUAUUUAAUAAUCAUUCUUUUCUUUAAAAAUAAUUUCCUGUAGUUUUCAAUGUAAAGUAGGAUUUUGCUGCAAAAGAAGAUUUAAGAACCUUUGUGAAGUUACCACCCCAAGGAGCAAUCAUGCCGAUAGAAGCUGGGAAAACAGAUAUGGAGAGGAUUGGCCUCUUCAGUGAGAUGGAGUACAUCACUGUGGGCGACAAAUAUGUGUCACCAUUUAAUCGACCCUUUAAUGAGGCUGCAAGCAAAAAUAGACAGAUCCUACCCGGGGGAACCAAAGAAAUGUCCAGUCUCCAGGCAGGAUACUUUGAUUCCCAGUUUGCAAGGAUUUUUGAAGGGGAAGGCUACGUGAAUUUGAAUCAAGUGAGGAGACGGUAUAUGCUGGCAGAAUCCAAAAAGAACCUCGGCAAAGCUUUCAUCCCUAGUAGCGGAGAGAAAAAGCCAAGUGGAUUAGGAAGCUAUUAUGGAACAAUUGGUGGCCCUGUCCCAUUCUUCAGUGCUCAGACAAAACCCAGGGACAAGUAUCAGCCACCAGGGAAGAAUUUAUAUACCAACCCAGGAAAAAAAGGAACUGGAUAUGGCUAUGCCAAUGUUACCAUAGGCAGGCAGCUUUCACACUCGUCUGACUUAUAUGAUGCUGCAAGACAGAGCUAUAAGAAAGAAAGUGAAGAACACCAUCGACUCAUCAAAGGGUCACCUUUCAAGUUGCAUCUUCACCCAAAGGACUAUUUUGAUUCUAACCCUUAUUUUUUAGAGCACCAUUUACCUCCACUUAGGAGAGAAGAAAAGAAGGAAAUGUCUUUAAAGCCCUUUAAGCCCUCCUCUCCUGGUAAAAAGGCUGGUGGAAUGAAAGCAGGGGCAUUUGACCCUUACCCAGUACACUCAGCUGACCCUUACAUGGUCAAAGUGGGAAAGGCGAUUCCUUCGAAAGGUGAAAGGGUUUUCCACCCACCCAAUGGACCGAAAAGCAGACCCGUUGAAAGUAUAAUGGCGCUGAAUGUCAAAAGGGCAUUAAAUGUGAAGAACUACAAGAAUGCCUCCUCAGCCAUGCUGGGAAAGCAGUUAGUCUUCUAGAUCCUCUUGGAGGCUUGGAGAGUACACAAUGUUCUGGAACAAAUGGCUCCAUAGCGGGUAAAGGAAAUUUAAACAUGAGGCUCAACUCUG